AUGGGCUUCCCAUGAAAAAGGACGGCGAUGACGCGCAGCGGUUCCAGUAAAUAAGUUUUCCGAGCAGGAGCGCGCACCGUCUGCGGCGCACGUUGCGUGGCGGCUGACCUAAUCUGUUGCUGUCGAAGAAAAUACCGUACGCUGUCUAAGAUUACCUAGGCUUUCAGGAGGUUGCUGCGGCAAGGAAUGGCCUUAUUAUUCCUGCUCCUUAUUGUGGGAAUCAUUGUUUCUGUGACACCUCUUUCUGGGUUUGAAAAUGAAACGGGCUUCCACUGUGGCAACGACGGUGAAAACUGGAUAUUUUGCCAGUUCAGACCAAGAGCUGACCAGUCAAAAAACUGCUCUGAGUACAGGUUGGAUAUACCGCAAGACGACAGCUCUUCCAAAAGCUCUUGCAUUUCCAAGGACCAGCAGGGCCUCAGCGGAGAGUGCAGCUGCUCUUUGAGAAGGAUAAUUGUGUUGGGGGUGUCCCACACAGUCAUACUGAUGACAGAGGACAGGCAGCUGAGCAGCACCACCAUCAACACUGCAACGACCGUAAAGCCCAGAACCCCAACAAUCACCUCGGUGGAACAGUCGCAAAAUGGGAAUUUUGUCGUCAAAUGGAAAAAAAACUACAGCUCUGUCACUUUCAGCGAGAACUUAGAUUCUGUGGUGACUUACCGAAAAAAAGGAGAGUCAAAAGAGGAGUCAGAAGAAGUUAACAAGUUGAUGACGUCCCAUGAAAUACUUGGUGAGCAUUUGGAGCCGAGGACGACGUAUGUGGUCAGCGUCAAAACCCACUUGUCAUUUAGUCAGCAGUUCAGUGACAGCAGCAAGGAGGUGGAAUUUGUAACCCCUGCCUCGGCUUUCAUUGAGCACUUGGCUGUCAUCAUCAGCCUGAGUUUUGCUUCAGUCAUCUUGACGAGUGUCGCGUUUGGCUGUUUAGUCAGAUACAAAACCAAGUGGUGGGACAAAGUUGCCAAACCUCAAAAUUCCUCAGUUUUAAGUAUGCUGCCACGUGAAAAGAAGCUGUUACAGCCUUCAGAGCCUGCUUUGUCUUCGGUCUGUGUUGAAGAACCCCUUUAUCCAAAUGAUGGAAAACCAUGGUCAAAAUGUUCACUUGACCCCAGCAGUAAAAGUCUUCAGCAAAGCAGUGGAAUCAGUUCUGGUGGCUCUUCUUUGGGUUAUGCAAAUUCGGGGCCCGACAUCAUCACCAGCAUUCAGGAGGCCCUCUGCAAAGCCUUACCUCAGCUUGGCCAGAAGUUACCAGAGGCAGACGCUUUCCUUACAGAGUCAAACAAAAACAACAGUUUGCUCUCCACCGACUACAGCCCCUGCAGUGGCAGAGAUGAUGAUCUGAAGGAUUCUGGAUCAUCUAGCUUUGACAACAGGACAUAUUCAAUCCUCAUCCCUAGUAUUGAGAGCCAGAUUACAAGUGAUAGCUCUGAGAUCCAAACACAACCUGCAGUGAUUUGUGACCCAGCCUAUCAGCCCAGCGAGGGUGAUGUUAUGAGGAGCACCAGUCCUGACCAAGUGGUACCGGUUUGUCUGGCUGCUGGACAACAAGAUGCUGAGUUACCACCAGCUGCUUCAUCUGGUCUGCAGACAGACUUUUCAUACCAGCCAUGCAAUGCGGAUUCUGGGAGCUCUUCAUCUGCAGACACCUCCAGUUUGUCGUCAACCUCAAGCGACAUCAACAUAGCUGCGUCUUGUCAGAUUGGUGCCGGUGAAGAGGAUGGAUGUGAGGAUAGCCAUGAGGCAGAUAGUGGUGCUGUGAACCCAGCCGAGACAAGCCAAGAUGUGUGUGGUGAACAGGCGCCUGUGUGUGAUGCAAACCCCUGUUAUGGCAGUCUGCCUGCAUUCUCACACAGCUCUCCCAUAAUGGAUGAUGACUAUCAAGCUUUUCAAAGCCUUGUGAAGCAGCCAGAUAUUGCGCUCUUGGAAGAGAGCAGUGGAGACCAAUGGGAACAGCCACAGUUGGACAAACAUCCAGAAGAAUCCUCCACUAAGAUCUCUCAAAGUUCCUCAGAUGCUGUGCUUCCAGAUUUCUCUGACAACGCUCAGGCUGGGCGAUGUCUUCCUGAGUUUGAAACAUCAUUAUUCUCCUUUCUACCCUCUGACCACUCCGAGGCAGUAAUCACAGACAUAGAAAGCUGUGCGCAAAGUGGGAGGAGGAGGUGCCAUGCAGAUGAGCUGGAUUUGACCAGACAGCCCUUAUGUUUCUUAUUCAACUGAACAAAAGUCAAAACAGGAAGACGGCUUGCAUUCAGUGUGCACUCAGUGUGAAUCUGCACCCUGACGAAAGAAAUGUACAAAUCCUGCACUGAAAAAAGACAAUUAAAAAUGAAAACUGAAGUGAAGCUGUGAAGAAUUCUGUUCUUUGAGUGUGAGCCAUGACACUGUUUUGACCCUGUUUCAGUUUGAACUGUAACACACACACCAAACAGAAAAUGUGAGCACGGUGACUUUUUUUCUCAUUGAGCCAAUCCAGCUGAAACAACAGCACAUGUCACUAUGGAGCUUGUAAAGAGCCAAAACUGAAAUGUCACAGAGAAAUUACAUCUGGAUGUAUUACAGGCUGUUUUCUAAGAAAAGUCUAAAUACUAUAUAACUUGUGUAACGACAGUGUUGGGUUGGGCAAUGACUUCCCCAUAGCUAUUCUCUGGAACUGCUGAUCAGCUUCCACAGAAGAAUGACACUUGUAUUAAGUGACUGUGAGGAUGUCUGAUAAACAAUAUGACAAUAUGAUAUUAUUUUCUUAUUGGACUGCUGGACACAUGAUCAGUCAAAACAUACAGGCCUAAUUGGGAUAGAUUUCUAUUUGUGCCUCUUUGAGCCAAAAUGUUGGUCUUCUUAGGAGAUGAUUAAGCUAAAACUAAGCAUAGCCAGAAAAGGAAUAACAUUUUUAAUGUUUUUUGAAGACCUUUUUUAUGCACUUUCAUUCAGCAUUUAAUGAUUUUGCCAUGCACUAUUAAACAAAAGGUAUUAUGGACCAGUACAAAAUAUGGAACAACUUAUGUUGGUUUAAAAAUUUGCACUGUUAUGUAUUUUAUCAAAAAUAUUUUGUAAAU